AUGCAUAGCGUUCGCACUCGCUUUUGGGCGGUGCGGGACUACUUGGCGCCUGUGCUGCGAGACAGCAAAUUCAAGGAGCAUGGACGCAUCACCCCGGACGAGUUCGUACAUGCUGGUGAUUACCUUGUCGAGCGAAUCCCUGCGUGGCAAUGGUGUGCCGGAGACUCCCAGCGUGUACGCGACUACUUGCCUGCAGAUAAGCAGUUCCUGUUGAUCCGUGGUGUGCCGUGCUUACGACGUGUUAGUCACGUAAAGGAACGCAAGCGGCGAAGUAGACUGCCACUCUCACGCAACAGUAGCUCGACAAGUCUUUCCCGCCUUGAUGUCAAUGCACGAAAGCAUCGAGGUUUGUCGGACGAUACAGAGUCCAUCCUCCAUCUCGACGAAUUUGGUACUGAUGAAAGCGAAGAUUGGAUUGUGACACAUACAGAGACCAGCGACCCUAUGGAUGCAUCCUUGCGUGAUAUGUCCGCACGCCUCACACUUUUGUCGCUGCCAGAAGGGCAAUCGGCCAGUGAACCAAGUAGUCGGCCUAUGAGCAGCAUUAUGGACGAAGAAAGUGAGAUAUUGGCGACCAACGCACCUACACAAGCAGUGCACGGACGACACACCGAAUCCGAUGCAGAUCUGCUGAAUAGCUUUGCGCAAGAUAUGGAAGAGCGAGAAGAUCCUGCGCAGUACAUACCUUCAGCGCCUGCCAAGCAGCCUGUUCAAGAUCUCUCGCUAAAGCCCCUGGUGUCCGUCCGCACAUACGAUUGCAUGAUUACAUACGACAAAUACUACCAAACACCACGCAUGUGGUUGCUGGGGUACGACGAACAUGGCUUGCCGUUACGACCUAGCGCUAUCUUCGAAGAUGUGGCGUCGGACCAUGCUUAUAAAACGGUCACCAUUGAGCCGUUUCCUCAUGGCAUACCAGGCACCAGCAUAUUGGAUACCAUCGCUCCCUCAGAAGCUACGGGAACACGAUUCACGUCCAAGUCACUGUCUGUUCAUGUGGCCAGUAUACACCCUUGCAAGCACGCAAGUAUGAUGCGCAAAAUGAUCCAGCGCAUGAAUACCGUACACGAGAGAGAUGAAGAGCCUGAAAAACUGGCAACCUACGAUACAUCGCUAGAAAGGCCGAAUGGCUCCCUGUGGUCGCAAACAGUUCAUCGAGUCUGGGGGCCCAAAAGCCAAGACUGGGAGGAUGGAAUUACAGUCGACCAGUAUCUGAUUAUAUUCCUCAAGUUUAUGACUAGCAUAGUACCUACGAUUGAUAUUGAUACAACUCGCUCUUCAUGA